AUGAGAGCACGCACACAGAGACUUUCCUGGGGAAUUCUCUCCCUCGCACUUCUAUGCGGGAUAAAAGCAGACAGUCUCUUCUUGGGAGUGGAUACAUCUAUUUUCUCUCCCUGCAUAAACACGUUCAAUGGGACUUUUAUCACAUCAGGAAGCAAGCCAGGGAAGGCCCUUUACAAGAAGACCCUGGAUUUCUCAGGGAAACUUUUGUACCUGCCAAACAUCGUGGGCACAGAACCUGAUUUUGUAAAAAGUAAAAACAAAAUUGUUGCCCUGAAAAAUGAUACUGUUUCCAUAGAGGGAAAUUACACCGUUAUUCCAAAUAUAGUAAUUUUCACAGACUAUUUAAAAAUGAUCCUGGAUCCCCACAAAAAAAGCAACAUCUUAAACGCAGGCCUGAACAUGCGGGCGUACUCCCCAGAGAAGGAAAAAAGAAUGGCAGCUGCCGCCCUGAAAAACGCCCUCCCAGGAGCCGCAAUACAAAUCCUCACAGACGGAAUCUCCCAAGCUAUUUCCUCCCUAACGGCAAAUACUACAAGCAAAUACGUAGUUGCGUAUACACUGCGCGGGGAAAGACCCACAGCAGAAAUAUGCCUAUUCGAUGAAGAAGGAAAAACACUCACACUCUCCCACACGGAAGUCGGAAGUGGAUUCUCAGAAUACGAUAUCGUGCGACUAGUGCACGCUCACGUCAUAAAGGCAGUUGCAGAAAUAGCGAGGAAUAAGUGCGGGAAUGUCCAAAUACGCAGUAACUUAGACUCAGUCCUGGGAUACGAUGAUGACUCCGAUAGUAGAAACAGGGAAGAUAGUAGGAAGUCGGAUCAAAGCACUGCGACUGCACUCGGAGACUCUGCACUGGAUAGGAAUGAAAGCGUACUGAAUUCUCGGGAGGAUACGGGUUCUGCAUCGGAGGGAAAGAGUGACGCUGUUGCCUCGACUGGGUCCUUGCACACGCUUACGCUGCACGACUCUUCAGUCUUUGCUCUCCUGGAGAAGGCUUUGAUGAAGAUCCACACGCUUCCCCUCGUGGAAGGACCGGAGGGUUUGGUUUUAAACCGUGCAGAAAAACAGGAAGUUUCUACGCUUUCUAUUUUGUACACGGAUGAGGCAGGGAAGACAGGGGCUCUGCUUCCCCAGGAGUCCGAGGAGGCACUCGUGAUUCCAGUGGAGGAUCUGCUCCAGGAAGUUGUCGCGUACUUUAAGCAGGCGCUGCCGGCCCUGAAAGAUCUUGUUGAUCGAUCUAAUGAUCUUUUGCAGGAAAAAAUAGCGGAAAAACCUCUUCCCGUGGAAAUCUCCAUUUUCAACGAUCUUUUGCAGGCGCACCAGCUUGUUUCUCUUUUGCACGGACUGAACAUCUCGGGGGCGUAUACCCCCAGCAAGUCGGAUCUGGCAAGUGCGUCCAUCCACAUGAAGAGAAUGAAGGUUUCUGUCAGGGCGAAAAAUACCGUUGAUUUUGGCCAUGAAAAAAUUCCAGUGCAAAAAUACGUUAUAAACGGAGAGGAGAGAGCGUGGAGCGAGUACUUCAAGUGCGCUGCAGAAGAGAAAGAGGUGGCUCCGAAGAUCAGGAGGCUUCUCCAGGGAGACGCCCGGGAGGCAGAGGAGGACCUGGGAAAAGAGGGAGUCCAGCAGCUGCUCGCGCUUGUGGGAGAGCCAGAACCUGAAAAUUUCAGGCUUUUGGGAAGGUGGAUCUUGGAGUAUGCAAAGAUCAGGCGGGAGAUAAAGAUCCAGGCAGAGACGAAGAAGGCGGUUCUGCAGAUACAGGACGCGAUAAAGAAGGCCGUUGAUUCGGGGAAUGCGUUGGUGGAGAGCGCGGGAGACGGGGCUGCAGAGGCAGUUUCCAACUUCCGCGGGUUUUUGGAGAGAAAUUCCGUUGUUGAGGGCGUCCCUGAAGUUGCAGGAAAAUUUUCAGAGGCGAAAACCGUGCAGGAACAGGUUUCGAUCCGCCGGCAGUUGAAGACGAUCUUGGAGGGAGUCCAGUACAGGGCGCACUGCAUCCGGGAGGAGCUGCGCGAGGAGGAGGAAAGGCGAGAGCAGGCGCGCAAGGAGAUGGAGGCAGCCGAAAAGGUUGUAGAACCUGAAAAUGCAGAAUUGCCGGAAACGGAAAUAACGGAAAAAAUUGCCGAACCUGAAAGUAAAAAAUCAGAGAUCGUUAACAUUUCGGGCGCUGAGAAGGCCCCGGAAGAAAAGGGGCUUGUAGAGGGGGGGAGGCUCCCAGAAGAGGAAAGCCUCGUCCUGAAGGAUGGUUUGUAG